UGUACUUUGCACAUGUUCCACAUGGAGUCGCUGUUCUGAACAAGCUCCACUAUGAUGCUGAUACUCGUUGUUUCUUUGUAGGGUCAAAGUUUACUGCAUACGGAAGUGGCAUGUAGUUUGUCUAUGAUUAUUCCAUGGAUGUAUUAUAGAACAGUCUUUUACAUUACGAAAUCAGUACGUUUUUGUUUUUAGCCUUAAAGCUGACGGAUGUUGGGCAAGAGGCGGUGAAACCUACUUUCAUAACUGACGCUCUCCGGCGUUGUUCAAAAGCUUUCUCCACUAUGUCGGCCACAAUGACCACCAUUGUCCAUGACACUACAGAGGCAGUGUGCCUCUCCUCUGAGUACAACCUGUACCUCAAGCCCAUUGCUAAAAUGACUGUCAGUGUGGCACUGCCCCAACUCAAGCUGCCAGGCAAGAGCAUCUCCAACUGGGAGGUGAUGGAGAGGGUGAAGGCCAUGGUAGCUCCAGAGCAGUUUUCAGCCCUGCGGAUCUCCAAGAGCACCAUGGACUUCAUCCGCUUUGAGGGCGAGGUCGAAAACAGGACAGUGGUCAAGAGCCUGUUGUCCCGCUUAGAUGGAAAGAGCAUCAAACUGAGUGGAUUUACUGAUGUACUGAAGGUUCGUGCAGUAGAGAACAAAGUGGACUUCCCUACACGUCACGACUGGGACUCCUUCUUCCGCGAUGCAAAGGACAUGAAUGAGACUCUGCCGGGGGAGAGGCCUGACACCAUCCACAUGGAGGGAAUUCCUUGCCGAUGGUUUAGCAAGAAGGACAGCCCGUUCCCAGACCGGCCCUCUGAAGAGGUCCUCAUUGCGGUCUUUGAGACAUUUGGCAAGGUGCGGAAUGUAGAUAUCCCCAUGCUGGACCCGUACAGGGAGGAGAUGCUGGACAAGAACUUCAACACGUUCAGUUUCGGGGGUCAUCUGAACUUUGAGGCUUAUGUCCAGUACCAGGAGUACGGGGGCUUCACCAAGGCCAUGGACACCCUGCGCAGCAUGAAGCUGAUGCUGAAAGGAGACGAUGGGAAGGCCGUGGCCUGCAACAUCAAGGUGGCCUUUGACACCAACAAGCACCUGAGUGAGUUGACCCUGAAGAGGAGGGGCCUGGAGAGGCUGAAGUUACAGGAGCUGGAGAGGCAGAGAGAGGAGCAGAAACGACGCGAGAAGGAAGAGGAGGAGCGGCGUAAGGAUGAGGAGAGGAAACAGAAGGAACACGAAGAGGAGGAGAAGGAGAGGAGAAAGGAAGAGAGGAUACGAAAGCGAGAUCAGAAGCUGCGGGAGAAGGAAGAGAAGAAGAACAUGAAGAAGGUGAGGCGGCAGCAGGAAGAGGAGCAGAAGAAGCUGCAGAUGAAGAUCGCCAUGGAGGAGAGGAGGCUGCUGCUGGCUCAGCGCAACCUGGAGUCCAUCCGGCUCAUCGCUGAGCUGCUGGCCAGGGCCAAGGUACGGCAUGCACACAAUCAGGGCUCGAGCUUAAGGACGUCCCGUCGUUCCGGGGCCGAAAAAAUAGUGUCGGGGAGGAUAAAAAAUAAUUUUGGGACGAGAGUUAAAAUAAAAAUACCCUGCUAACUCUACAAACGGCGAUGAAAAUGAAACCGACUGCACGUUUUGUGUAGCACACAGUUAUUAAACCUCCUUGUCAACAUAAACACACACGCACAAAACAUUU